AUGGCUCAACACACGGAGCAGCUCGACAAAGUCGACAAUGUUCAGGUCAACGAGCAUCUACCUGUAUCAGCAACAGACGCCGAAACGACACAACUGGGCCAUCUCGCCAACCAAGAAGACCAUGAAGUUGGCAAAUUAGAGUCAUUCAAGAAAUACCCAUGGGCUUGUGCUUGGUGCAUAUACGCCGUUUGGUGUGUUUUGCUCGUGUCUUUCGAGAACCAGGCCUCUGGAAACGUCAUCGGUAUUCCUGAGUUCAGGAAAGAUUUCGGUCACGCAAUCACGGCUGCAGAUGGGUCUACUACUUAUGUCAUUGAUGCUCAGUGGCAGAGUGCUUUCCAGGGAGCUCCGGUUGCUUCUGCUAUCGUUGGUGCUCUAGGAUGUGGUCAACUUGCUGACUGGCUCGGUCGACGAAUGGUCGUCGCCUUGUGCCUUGUGGUCACAUUUGCGGCUGUCACUAUGGAAUUUGUUGCUACAACCAAUGGUGUUUUCUUUGGUGGCAAGUUCUUGAACGGCUUCGUUGUCGGUGCCCUCGCUUCAGUAACAGUUACCUAUAUUGGCGAAAUCGCUCCUCUUGCCCUCCGUGGUAUGCUGACGUGUUUGACCGCCCUUGCCUAUACUUUGGGGCCCCUCGUCGUCGCUUUAAUCGUCAACUGGACUGGCGUUUACACCAACCGCUGGGCUUACCGUGCCGUCUUCUGCUCUCAGUACGGUUUCGCUGCGAUCUCCGCAAUCUUCUGGCCCUUCAUGCCCGAGUCUCCCUGGUGGCUCGCAUCGAAGGAACGUCCUGAACAGGCCCUUAAAGCCCUGUCAGGUCUCGGCUACAAGGGCGAAGAAGGUGUGAAGAAACUCGCCCUUAUCACCAACACGCUCAACGAAGUUCGCAAGGAGACUGAAGGUGUCACCUACCUCGAAUGCUUCCGCCGAUCCAACCUCCGCCGCACCAUCAUCUCCAUCCUUCCCCUCUCCAUCCAAGCCCUCAGCGGUAUUGCCUUCGCCGCCAGCUACUCCACCUACUACAUGCAGCUUGCCGGCUUCACGACUGAAAUGUCCUUCAAGCUCCAAAUUGUCCAGCAAGUCAUCUCCCUCGUCGGCAACACCAUGUCGUGGUACCUCGUUGACCGCAUGGGUCGCCGUAACCUCACCUUCUACGGCCUCUUCCUCAACCUCGGCGGCCGUCUUGGUUUCAUUUUCGGCGGUCUCAGCUGUAUCUGUCUCGUUUACCUGUGGUUCUACCAGCCCGAGACUGCCGGCCGCACCUACGAGGAGCUCGACGAGAUGUUCAUCAAGAAGAUCCCCGCCAGGAAAUUCAAGAGCUACAAGACCGACGCCCAGGCCAUGGGCGAGGCUGUCAAGGACGAGAAGAGUGGAUACUAG